AGAGUUCCAAAGCGUCCGGUCAUCAACACACCGGUGGUGAGUAUCACGGUGCACGACAACGACGAGCUGCUGCAGCACGCACUGGACAAACCCAUCACCGUGCAGUUCCGUCUGGUCGCCACUGAGGAGCGCUCCAAACCCAUCUGUGUCUUCUGGAAUCACAGCAUCCUUGCUGGAAACGGUGGCUGGUCAGCGAAGGGCUGCGAGGUGGUUUUCAGAAACAGUACCCACAUCAGCUGUCAGUGUUAUCACAUGACCAGCUUUGCUGUGCUCAUGGACGUCUCCAGGAGAGAAAACGGAGAAAUCCUGCCAAUCAAAAUCCUGACGUGGAGCACAGUGGGCGUGACGCUGGGAUUCCUCUUCCUCACCAAUGUCUUCCUCCUGUGUCUGAGAGCCAUGCAGUGCAACAAGACAAGUAUCAUCAACAAUGGAACCACCGCACUCUUCCUCUCUGAGCUUAUCUUCAUCCUGGGCAUCAACCAGGCCGACAACCUGUUCUUGUGUACAGUCAUCGCCAUCCUGCUGCACUUCUUCUACCUCUGCACGUUCUCCUGGCUCUUCCUGGAGGGGCUGCACGUCUACCGCAUGAUCAGCGAGGUGCGAGACAUCAACUAUGGACCCAUGAGAUUUUACUACCUGAUCGGCUGGGGAGUCCCUGCCUUUGUCACAGGCUUGGCGGUGGGACUGGACCCCGAAGGCUACGGGAACCCAGACUUCUGUUGGUUGUCGAUGUACGACACUCUCAUCUGGAGCUUUGCUGGACCCAUUGCCAUGGUGGUGUCGAUGAACAUCUUCUUGUACAUCCUGUCGUCCAGAGCCUCCUGCUCUCCGAGACAUCACAGCAUUGAGAAGAAGGAGCCACGUGUCUCGGGCCUGAAGACCGCAGGUGGCGUCCUCCUCCUGGUGUCAGUCACGUGUUUCCUGGCUCUCCUGUCCGUCAACAGCGACAUGAUCAUCUUCCACUACCUGUUCGCUGGGUUCAACUGUGUGCAGGGUCCCUUUGUGUUCUUCUUCCGCAUCGUCUUCAACAAGGAAGCGAGGAAUGCCAUGAAAUACUGCUGCAGCCGCAAGCGCCCGGAUCAUAUGAUCAAAUCCAAGGCCUCUGGCUACAAAUGCAACACCAACUACAUGGAUGGGAGGUUGUACCAUCUUCCCUUUGGAGACUCCAGUGUGUCUCUGAACGGCACAAUGCAGAGCGGCAAGAGUCAGCAGAGCUACGUGCCGUUUGUGCUCCGGGACGAUGGGUUAAGUAACAGCCAGGCACACAUCUCGCUGAACGACCACGGGUCACUCUUCCAUGAAACUAAAGUGCAUGAUGAUCGCGACAGCGACUCAGACAGUGACCUGUCUCUAGAGGAUGAUCAGAGCGGCUCCUACGCCUCGACGCACUCGUCUGACAGCGAGGACGAGGAGGGUCCCCUCCCCCCAGAGGAAUGCUGGGAAAACCUGGCGUCCAAUGGGACCAAGAGACCUCAGCCACACGACAACAGUUUGAGUAAGAUGUUCUGGCCUGGAGAUUACGCAGCAGUGACUGACGGCGAGCUCGCUGGUGCAGACAGACUCAAGAUAGAAACCAAUCACGAGGCAGGGGCGUUAUCAGAUGAGCGAACACAGGAGAACAUGACGAUGUUUCUGCCCAGUCUGCACAACUUCAACGCCCACCCUCACAGAGGGAUCCUAAAGAAGAAGCAGCUUUCUCCUAUCGUAGAGAGGAACAGUCUCAAACGCAUCCACAACGAACUGUGUGAAAAUCCCCCCGGCACGGCGUCCCCACCAGGAUCAGACUCCGGUGACGGUCGAAGCGGCCUGUCCAAACCCAGCCUACCUGACAAGCUGAACGGUGUCGCCAUGAGCAUCAAGGCGGGGACGGUGGACGGAGACUCAUCAGGAUCAGACAGCCACUGCAACACCUCCAUGUGACUGCGCUGACGGAGGGGUGUGUCUUUGCAGGUCAUAGAGCCUCCUUCCUCUGCGCUGACUGCAAACAGGGAGCACCAGACUACCCCUUUAGAAACUAUGUGGAAAAAUGAAGUUUCCCCCAUCGUCAUCCUGAUCCUCUGAAGGAGAGUGUGUGUGAGAGAGAGAGAGUGAUGUACUGUGUGUGUGUGUGUGUGUGUGUGUGUGUGUGUGUGUGUG